GAUGAGAGAUUCAACAACGGCGAUGUCCGAUCUGCCACAAGAUGUGGUAGAGGAAGUGCUCUCUAGUGUUCCGUUGACAUCUCUUAGAGCAGUGCGAACUACUUGCAAAAAGUGGAACAGUUUAUCCAAACAUCGGAGCUUUACAAAGAAGCACAUCCGUAAAUCAAGAUCAGAAACGAAGAAGAAAGAGUUUCUGGCGAUCAUGAUGAUGGAUUCUAGUGUCUACCUAAUUAGUGUUGGAAUUCACAAGGACGAUGACUACAACGCUAUAAACCGAAAAGGUAAACUGAUUAGCCUAAACAAUGUAGAUGGUGGAGUUGAUAUAUCUAGCGUCUUCCACUGUAGCGGUUUGUUGUUAUGCACCACCAAAGAUAAAACACCGAGGCUUGUGGUUUGGAACCCUUAUCGUGGGAAAACAAGGUGGAUCGAAACUACUUAUCGUGACGACUUCGGUUUCAUCAGGUACUCGUUCGCUCUGGGAUACGAGAAGAAGGAUAAGAACUCGCAUCGUAGUCUCAAAAUCUUGAGAUCUAUUGAAAAAAUCUUGGGAUUUGUAGGUAAUGGAUAUAGGGGGGAAUUCAGAAGUUUUAAGUUUGAAAUCUACAAUUUUAACUCUAAUUCAUGGAAGGAUAUUACUCUCACUGCCAAGGGGAACAGAAUUAAGGAAGGCUUUGUAACCUCCCCCAACUUCUACAUGCGGUUUUAUAAAUGUGGCGUGUCUCUCAAGGGAAAUACUUACUGGCUUGCUAAAAAUAAUACUAGUAUUACUUACUCCGGCGGGUGUCUUUGUUGUGCUCGAAGGCGCCAAAAUUCGGCAAUAGAGAACCGUGAGUUUUUUUUAAUUUGUUUUGAUUUUACAACUGAGAGAUUUGGUCCGCGUCUUAGUCUACCGUCUCACUCUAGUAUGGUCGAUAGUGUGACUCUAUCUAGUGUUAGAGAUGAGCAGCUUGCUGUGUUAUUUCAGCGCAAGGGUACAUUACAGAUGGAGAUAUGGAUUACGUCUAACAUUGAGCCUGAAGCGGCGUCCUGGAGCAUGUUGUUCUUAGUGGUGGAUAAGAAAACACUUCUUACUUAUGAUCAACAUGAGAGUUUUUUUGUUGACGAGGAGAAGAAAGUUGUUAUGGUUUUUGCUAAAGACAAAGAGACGAAGAUGCGCAACGUAGCUUAUUGUUAUGGAGAAGAUGGGUAUUUUGAAACAGUGGUUUUUGGAGAAUCUACAGACAAAAAUGGUUGCCAACUUGUGUGCUCAUAUGUUCCAAGCUCAGUGCAAAUCAAGUAAGCUCAGUGCAAAGCAUAAUCUAUCUAUGUUUUUUACUGUUUUCUUUUUGGUAAACUUCGUUCAUUAAUUCAUAUGUCGAACAUUAGUGUAAUCUGUUAUCUGGUUUCUCAACACUGUCUCGUUGGCUCUUCCAAUAUUUAUUUGAAACCGUCCAAAAUGCUUCCUGGACUUUUUACUUGGAAACUCUCUUUUAGCACUGCUAAUUGUUAUUAGUAUUGUUAUGCAUGAUGCAAUUGCUCUCUGUUUCACGUGAAAAAAAAAAAAAAAUUGAUUUCAUAUAUACCAUGUUUUUGCAAUACGUGAGCUUGAAAGCAGACGAAAAAACUACAGAGGCUUACUAGAAUCAAUAUGACUCCUCUCUUCAAAUUAACAUGGUAUAGUCAAAAUGUGGCAGAAUAU